GGAGAAUCUCAGGACAACUCUAUGAAAUAAGAGUUCAUCCAAUUCAGAGUCUUCGCAACUCCCAAAAUUCAGGAUUAAUUAAUAACACCCACAGUGCACAUUCCUGCAUCUCUGAAUCAACGUUGCCUCGCAUAUGCAAAUAACUGAUUGGCUCUGCAGUGGAAAAACUCAGAACUUGUGGUGGGAAUGAGAGCCUGCCAAACAGAUUAAUAUCUGAUAUACUUACCAUUCACACAGGAGUUACUGCCAUCUCUGACUUCUAUGAACAUCUAGAUGAUGAAAGCCAAAAAAAUUGGAUGCGAUUCAGACAUUUCUUCAAUGGUAACAGAAGCUCUAAACAAAAGCAGCCAGUCUAUAAAAAGAACAGUUCAAUUAAUUGGCCAACUUGCACUUGUAACUGGGACAGAACUCCACACUGCAGAACAGAGAAGCAAAGGUGCAAGAACUUACCAGAACUGCAUUGCUGUUCCACUUUAUGAAGGAGCAUGCAAAGGAUUGACUAGUCUUCUAGAUGGUAGGGUGCACCAGGCAAAGGAGAUGCAAAGAGAAGUUCAAGCAAUAUUCCCUCAAUCUGAGCUUUUGCAGGCAGGGAAGAACAUUUCACUUUUAACAACAUCCAUCCAGAACUAUAUCAUCAACUCUAAUCCGAGAAGCAUUGGAUCUUUAUAGGGACAAGAGGAUGGUCAUUCUGAGCAUCUGAAGGCAGUGAAAACUAUUGCUGUUGAAUUUAUCAAAUUUAUUGAGGGCAUCAGGCAGAUCCAGCCUAUUGUUAAAACAUUUUAAUCUCAUGGUUAUUGCACUUGGUUUUUGGCAUGCUGAAGUAUUUUGGUUUGAUGACUAGGAUCUGAUGGCCUGACCACUCAAGCUUUACUCUUCUUAUUUAUUCUAGAAGAAGAAAACAUUUAGGGGCUCAGUGCUAAAAUGGAAUAAAACACAUCAUACCUAGAGAAUCCUGUUCAGUUCAUACUCAAUACUAGCAGGGACUCCCUCAUGUCAUCAAUAACAUUUUUUUUUCCUUCCCAAGCACUGCAGUGCACAACUCAACUACAAGACUUCAGAUACCUUGCAUGAAACGUAGCUCUGCAAGAAAUGAUUUGGAGUCAGCAGUAAACUCAUUAACAGCAGAUUAUGAUCAAAUGCAAGGAGAAAAGAAAGAUAUUUCCAACACGCAAGAUAAUAUGAGAAAAGCUGAAGAAGGGAGUUUCAUGAAACAGUUGGGGAAAAGAAGGGGUUCACAGGACUGAAUAUACAUAUUUUUUGUAAAGGGAUUUUGUCUACAAAGCAGGUCUGCCUCAAGGUACCACUGACAAGCCUGCUGUAAUGUUACUAUUUUAUGACAUCCACUUUGAAAAUAUAAAUAUUUUGCAUUAGUUUUAUAUCAAAUUUGUUUUCACACACAAUAUUUAAGUGUAAUUUAUCAAUAUACUAUGCAUGACAACACCUAUUGCAAAAAUCAGAAGUAUGGUUAGAGGUAAAAGUAUGAGCUACUUUUUCAGUUGGGCUGAAAGUCAAACCACAUCAUAUUGUAAAUCAUCUGAUGAAUAGUAUUGGGUCUUAGAUUCAGAAUUGAUGUUGGUAAACCCUUUUUUUAAUGAGAAAUGUUGAGAACUUAGUGGGCUAACAUUCUAUGAAUGAUGUAUUUGUUAUGUAAAAAAUAAUUCCAAGUUUGAUAACUAAAUGUCUAGUCUUGUACACAGCCCCAGUUAAGUUCUGUGACGUCUUAAAAUAUAAAAAUAGGUUGUAUAUAAACACUUCACAGUGUAUGCAGUGUUUUUGGUAUGUGUUAGUUUUCAUGAAUAUGGCGGUACACACAGUUUAUUACAAAGUUGUAUUAAAUAUAGUACAAAUGUGCUUUUUCAAGGUUUGGUUUGUGUGGUAUUCAAAAAAGGAGUAUACGUCAAGAAGUAAAACUAGUUUGAUGUUAUUUUAAAUGAUUUAAUUUAAUAUACAAACUAUUUGUGGAAAAGUGUUUUUAAAUGUAUGGAAUAUUAUAACAAUGUAUACUGCACUUUUUCAUGUGUAUGCAAAACACACAGGACACUACAUAAUGCUGUAUUAAUUUAUGUACCUUAUAGAAUUAUUCAUGGUUUGAAAUAUCCUGCCUGAAUGGACAUGAUAAAUAUUUAAUAAAAAAUGUU